AUGAAAAUAGCAUCGCCAUCUUUGAGCAUCUUUCUACUGCUGCUCUCAGUAUCAGCUUUUGCUCAAAUUCUUGACCUCACUGCUCAAGACCCAGAGCAAAAGGCCCAGUCAUUUUGGCGUCUCGACGAUUCUAUUGCAAAUCUCUUCGCAACUCCAGAAAACAAGUGUACCCCAGAAAAUUGUUUGGAAUCUAAACGCAGCAAAGCAACCGAAUGUGGAUUUGGUGAUAGUACCUGUCUUUGUCAAGUUCUCUUGGAAACUCGCACAUCUUGCUACAGUUCUUGUUCACCUAUUAACUCUCAAGUUAAUGUCCUCAAUAGAGCCAUCACUGAAACAUGUGUAGGGUCUCAUUAUCUUUUUUACAAUUAUAUUGCCAAUAUUCUUAAUUAUGCUCCGUUUUCUAGUGCCCAAGCAGGUCCCAAUGAAUUUGACAGAAGCGAUGAAGCCACCUGGAAAAAUGAAAAUAUAGAAGAAAAACUCAAAGAAGAUCAAGAAUUUGCAAUUGAUUACCCUAAUGGUUCCAUAAAGACAAUUGCCACUCAGCUUGCUACUACGCUUCACCCAAUCUCUGUUGGACUGCCAACGACUACAAUGAAUGUUGCGACGACCGCCACAACUACUACUUUUACCAGUCACAAGAUUACCAGAGGACCAAUUGUAAUCACUCUUUCCGGUUCACCUCGUAUUCCAACUCAUUAUAUUCCGGAUUCUGAUUAUUCCCCUACUUUACCAUUCCCCAUUGAUUUGACUUCAUUUGAAUCAACGUCAACACUUCAUUUGACUUCCCUACACAGUCUAAUUACUACCUCCUCAUUGCCACAUACCCCAUCACUUUCAUCUACCAUUCAUUAUACCUCUUUCUUGCCAAAUACUUCUCAACUUGAAUCUGUUGCACCGUCCACUUCGCACCUUUCUUCUACACCUAUAACUUCUUCCAUGCCAACAACCUCUUCCACUUCUACAUCCACAACACGCACCAGAGGUCCCAUUGUUAUCACACUUUCUGGAAAUCCAAAUCCACCACCCUCCACACUUCCACCAUUUUUCACUUAUAAUCCUCCUCCUCUCCCCACUGAAGACUUCCCCCCUGAUUUUUUCUCUACUACCACUACCACCUCAAAGUCUUCUAAGACAUUGAUUAAAACUACCUCCCUAGAUAUUAUCCCUCAAAGACCACCUUUUGAAACUGUCAAAACUGAUCCAGGCCUUGGCUCAGCUCAGAACUUUGGAAUGUUUGUGGUGAUCCCUGACGAAGCUAACCGAGGUGUUUUUGAAAUUAAAGACUUAGGCAACCAAAAACAACUUAAGUUUGUUUCUCAUAAAGAUAGUGACAGUGACAGAAAUAAGAAAAUAGAUAUGGAAAAAGUGCAAGUAGAAGAAAAGGACAAUGAUGACAACAAGAUGACAAUCACUGGCAGCGACAAUUUGGUAUUUCAAGAUGCUAACGCUCUUGGGAACAGAAUUGAUGAUUUUGGUAAAGAUGGUAUUUAUGACGACUCUUUGUGGUUAGGAAAACGAGAUUUUGAAGAAAAAGAAGAAAAAGAAGAAAAUAGAAAUACAGGCGAUGAGACUUCAGAAGAGUAUCUUAUGUUUGGAGAUCUAGACAAUGAUGUUUCAGGUUACGAGUAUCCAGAUGACUUCAAUGAUUAUGGCUAUUAUGGCGAAGACAACGACAACGAAGAUGAUCAGAUUGGUGUAUACGGUGCCGAAUACAACGAUCCAGAUAUGGUAGUUGCAGACGCUUUUAAUUUUCAGAAAUCCAUGAAGAAGAUUGGCAAAUUUUUCAAAAAGAUUGGUGGUGGAGGCAAGAAGAAGAAACAGAGUGGAGAUUCCACAUCUUUUGAAGGUAGCACUCAAGAUCCCAGUGGUGGUGAAGAAACCGGGGAUGAUUUCUUAUCUGAAGUUGAAACUUCUGACAACAACAAUGGUGAUGAAAAUACGGAAUAUGUCCCGAAACCUUCAAAUCAACCUGGUGUCGAACCAUUGCCAGAAACUGAACAAGAACAAGUGCCAGAGAUUUCUGAGCCAGUACCAUUACUACCACCGCUUGCCCCCGUACCUCAUCCAGAGCCAUACGAACCAGUACCGGAACCUGAACCUGAACCGGAACCUGAACUGGAACCUGAGCUAGUUCCUUCAUCUUCUCCUGAGCCUUAUGAGCCAGAUCUAGAUCCAGAACCAGAACCAGAACCAGAACCAGAACCAGAACCAGAACCAGAACUUAAACCUACAUUGUCACCGGAUGAGUCCCUUGUCAAGCCUGCCCCUUCUCAGACUCCUCAACCUCAGCCUGAACAGAAAUUUACAUCUGAGCUCCAGUCCCAUCCUAAUCCAGAAACAGAACCCGUUGAAUUUGAGUCAUCUUCUGAUACUGUUAUUGAUCCUGAAACAGAAACUAGUUUUUUUGAAUCAUUUUCGGAACCUACCCUUGAACCGAAACCAAAACUAAAACCGCUACCCGAACCAAAUCCAGAUCCAGGGCAAGAGCCAGAUUCCGAACCUGAUUUUGAAUUCGACUCAACUUAUAACCCUUCACCAAAAAUGACUUCCGAGCCCUCAUAUGAUACCGAGUCAACAGAAAUACCCAGUUCAAACUCAUCUCAGGAGUCUUCAUUUGAUUUCUCAAUUGAACCUUCUGAAACUUUUGUUGAGUCGAGGCCGGUUUCAUCUUUUGACUCAGAAUCAGAGUUUAGCGAAUCUGGCAUCUCAUUGGAGCCAAUAUUUGAAACCAUUGCGGAACCAAGUACUGAAAAUUCAACCACGCUUUUGUCUAAAUCUGUUCCAAAACCUGAGCCUUAUUUUCCCUCGGAAUCAAACGUUUUUGAGUCUGAAGAAGAUUAUGAAUCAAGUUUGUUGGAAUCAAGUUUGAGCUCAGAAGAACAAACAAAAACAGAAGCAGAUUUAUCUGAGUCUUAUAGUGAAAGAAGAGUUUCUGAAAGUACUAAAUCAGCUUAUAACGACUUUGAGGAAACUACAUUGUUUGAAUCUUCUGAAAACUUUGAAGAUGACUAUGUCACAACCUUAAGUUCUUCUGAGCUUCCAUUUUCUGAAACUUUGGAUGAUACACAAUUUGAAAGUGAAGAAAAUUCUUCAUCUUCUAAAUAUUCUUUUCCUAUUCCUAUUGACGAUGUUGAAGAACCAAAAGAGCCUUUAGAAACUGAUUCAUGGAAGACGCCAGGUACUACAUCUUCUACAGAGUUUUUUGAAGGGCCAGUUACUUCUGAUCAACCUGAGUUUUUUGAGAGCCCAACAACGUUAGAUGGUUCGACGGAAUCACAAAUUUUGGAAUCCUUGAAUGAAAGUGAAAUUUAUCAUUAUCAGCCAGAAUCAGAUUCAAAGUCAUCUGUUGAAUCUGAGUCAAAUUUUUCUAAAUCUUUUUCCGAGCCGGUUUUUCCUUCUGAGAGCAUUUUGGAUCCUCCUGUCGAGUCUCCCAAUGAAUCUUUUUCUGUUGAGCCUGAGCCUGAGCCUGAGCCUGAGCCUGAGCCUGAGCCUGAGCCUGAGCCUAAGUCUGAAGUUACUGAACCAACAGAGAUUACAGAACCUGCUGACUCUUCCCCCAAUUAUUAUCACUCGACUGAUUACGUUUCAGAGUCUCCAGAAUCUUCUGUACCUUUGAGUUCUCCUGAUCAAGUUGAAACUUUUGAGCCAGUUGAAUUGAUUGAAUCCUCAAAAGAAGAAAAUGUAGCGUCAUCUACAGUCCCCACAGAUCACACCAGCACUACAUCUUUUGAAGUCCCUUUUUCUGACUCUUCGAUUGCAGAAGAUCCCUUUCCAGACACUCCAGUUUUAAGUGAUUUUACAUCAGAAUCAUAUUCAUCUACAGAAAUUACAGAGUCCUUGGUGCCACCCAUUUCCUCGCCCUUUUCUCAAAAGCCAUUCCGCACUGAAGACCUGUUUUUUGAUGAAUCUAGCACGAUUUCCUGGGAAGAUAAAGAUCUUGACAAAACUUCUGAAAAGGAAAAACGGGCCGAUUAUGCAAUUGAAAGUCUUCCUGGACAAGUCACUGUACUACCACCUUCUCCUCCACCGCCUCAAAACAAAUCGCCUGUGCCAGCUCCACCAGCAACUAGUGACCAGUCUCCAGUAACUGUGACUUCAAGCUUACCCACUAACACUGGCAUUUUUUCAAUUGCAACACCAACAUGGACUGUCUCAGGAACUGUGACUUUGCCAUUUAACGGGGGACUCAGUGUUGUUACUUCGACAUCGUUUGAUGUUACUUUACCUAUAGUCACGACAAGUAGCGUGCCGACAAAUUCGACAUCAAUUGUAAUGAUUACUCAGGCCCCACCUUCUCCCCCAGCUUUGCUAAAUCCUCCUGCUCCUCCUGCUCCUCCUGCUCCUCCUGCUCCAUCUGUUUCAUCUGUUCCACCUGCUCUGCAGCCAUCUCCUACUUCCACUCCACUUCCACCCCCUGCUCCUCCUGUUCCUCCUGUCGCUGCUCCACUUCCUCCUGUUGCUGCUCCACUUCCAUCACCUCCAUCUGCUCCUAUACAACCACUUCCGUUUCCACCCUCACCUACUCCAGUCUCAUCUGCCACCCCUGUUCCACUACCAUAUACACCAGUAACCACUUUUUCAAAAUCAAUUCCUGUUAACACUCUAAGUUUCAACUUAACCUCUGGUUCCGGCUCUAUCAGUGUGUCUGGUUCAAGUUCUGUAGCUAUAAUCAGUACUUCUAUACCCGACACGUCUUUUUCUUCUUUAAGCCAGUUAAGCAGUACUUCAAUUGCUGUUCCGGGUAUUUUGUUACCUGUUGCUACCGGUACUACGAGCACUACUGUUAGUAGAGCAAAUUUUACUACUACAACUUUCUUACCACCAAGUGCCAUGCCAACUUCAACGAUUGCCUUGUCUGGUACUACAAGCAAUGAAAAAAAUACCCCAGGGAUAUCUUCUAUGACUUCUACUAGAUCUGUGCUCACAACUACCUUGAGUAAUGUUACAACAGCAACCAGUUUGUUAAAAAGUUCUUCUUCUAAUAGUACAAGUUUGGCAACUUCUACAAAAGUUAAUUCAACUAGUGUACCAGUAACUGUGACGCCAACAAACUCAGCAAUAUCGAGUGGCCUAAACACCCUCACCUCUGCAACUACCACUAUCGGAACGUCUUCUUCUUCUUUUUCCUCUAAUGGUACCUCAAUAGUUAACUAUACUACAAGUUCAUCUUCCACAUCUGGUCUAUCACUGAGAUACUCUAGUAUUAAAACAGAUAUAACUCUAACAAAACCAUCCUCAAGUACAAGUUCCAGUUCUACUGAUUUACCACCUACCAUUAUUUCUACCACUGCAUCUAAUUCCAAAGCAGUUAAGUCUGAAGUCCCAGCUUCCACAACCAAUUUGGCAUCCAGUACAUCAAAAAGCAGCUCGUCACUAAGAUACCCAGUAACUAGACCAUCUACAUCACAGUCUGGCUCUAGUUCUACUUCUAUUCUUUCCAAAACAACGCCUUCUGCUUCCAUUGUCAUAUUAACUACCACUACCAGUCAUAUUUCCAGCUCUACUUUCAGUUCAAAAUUCUCAAAUAUUUUAUCUUCUUCACAACCCAAGACCAGUGUGACUACCACAAAUAGUCCACCCCCAAGCUAUAGUAAAUCAGUUUCAUCAGGAACCACAAUGCCAGCGGGGAAAAUCAUAGAACCUCCAUCAUCUACUCGACUACCACCUCGAAUACCGUUUGAUAAUAAGGGCAGUGAUGUGGGGAAAAUUCAAGUUCCAGAAGAAAAGAAGAAAAUGGGCGAUGAUAUUCAAAAGAGAGGAAAGAAGAAAGAUGCUGAAGCCAAUAUUCCUAAAGAAAAAAAGGAAGAACAAAAAAAUGAUAUUGAUGAAGAAAAGGGAAGGGAAGAAGAGCCUAGUGAUUUGGAAGAGAUACCGGAGGAAAGUGAAGAAGAAUAUGAAGAAGUUACAGAACCUGAAUAUGAAAUUGAAUGGCCUGAUUCUGAAGAAUAUUUUGAAGAAGAGAAUGAAGAGCCGGAAACUCCAGAGGAGGAGAAGGAAGAGGAGUGGAUUGAACAGCCUGAAGAAGAAUGGAGUGAUGAAACUGAAGAAGAAAAUGACUAUUCUGAUGAUGACUAUUGGGAUAAAGAAGAAGAGUUAGACAAUGAUGAGCUAGGAGAUGAGUGGAAUAAAGGUGACUCUGGAGAAGAAGGAAAUAAGGAAUAUGAAAAUUCUGAGGGUGACAACUGGGGUGAAAAGGGGAAUGGAGAAAUGGAUAUUGAUGAAUCUGAUUCGGGAAAUGAAGAACUAGAAACCCCCGAUUAUGAAGAGCUUGAGUCUGAGGAGCCCGAAUAUGAGGAUGAGUUUGAUGAUAUCGAGCCUGAAGAGCCUGAAGAGCCUGAAGAGCCUGAAGAGCCUGAAGAGCCUGAGUACGAAGACAUUAAGUCUAGAGAUCCUCAGUAUGAUGACUCCGAAGAUAUGGAUGUGGAUGAUCCAGAAGAAUCGGAAACUUUUGGAACUAGAUUUACUGAGCUACCACAAGAAACUCAGGCUCCUAAAAGGAAACCUAUCAGGCGACCAGCUGUCAAACCUCCAGCUGUCAAGCCUCCCGUUGUUAAGCCUCCCGUUGUUAAGCCUCCCGUUGUUAAGCCUCCCGUUGUUAAGCCUCCCGUUGUUAAGCCUCCCGUUGUUAAGCCUCCCGUUGUUAAGCCACCAGUCACUGUUAAACCACCGAAGGAUACCAAUGAAAAAAAAGAAGAAGAAGAGGAUGGUGCUGAUGAUGCUGAUGAUGUUGAUGAUAUUGAUAAUGUUGAUGAUAGAUUUCAGGAAAAUCUUGAAAGGGAAUUGGAGAAGGAGAUUGGCAAAGAGUUUGAUGGAGAUGAAGAGAUGGAUGAAGAUACCGAAAAAGAUUUGGAGAAGGAGAUUGAAAGAAUUAUCAAUGAUCAAUUCAGAAAGCACUUUUCCACAAUGACACAAGUACCACCCAAAACAGAGUCUGCAACAGCUAGUAUCACUUCUUAUUCAACAAUUGCAACUAGUAGUGGAAACCAAUCAUUGACAACAUCAUUUUCAACAACACCUAGUAGUAUUACUAUAUCAGGACCAGUCACAGUUACAGUUACUCUUGGAGAGCCACCUAAAAAUGUUUCCAAUUCUACAUUGACUACCAACUUGACUACCAGCUUUAAUAGCACGAUCUUGAGUAAAACCGAUCCAGCAGUUAUUACUGUGACUGUUACACCGAGCCCAACAAAGUCUGCAAAACCAACCAAGAAGAAAUGGUGGUUUGAAAAUGACGAUGAUGACGAUGACGAUGAUGACGAUGAUGACGAUGACGAUGAUGACGAUGACGAUGAUGACGAUGACGAUGACAAUUAUAAGAGAUAUAAAAAGAUUACCAGGCCCAAGAAAAAGAAAGCCAUGAUUAUAAACCCCAAAUUUCCACAUGUCAGAGAAGGAGCUCGCAAAAUUUAUUGGGUUACCAUUACUGAGGAGACUACCAAGACAUCGUACUCUACAGUUUAUUUUGAGUAUACUGAUACAGUGACUGAGACUACCACGUUAAUUUAUAGGCGACCUCGAAAGUGUCUUCCACAUUUCCCCUUUAAAAAGAAGUAUGGUGAUGAUUACGAAGAAGAUGAAGAGGAUGAAGAGGAUGAGGAUGAAGGAAUAGAGUCGGAUGAGCACUUUAACGUGAUUAUAUCUACAAAAACGGAAACCGAGACAGAGUAUUAUACCAAGACUAUGAUUCCAUCAAGGCUGAGAUUUGUGGGUAGUGAUGGAACCUAUGACUAUUAUGAUAUCCCUAAUGUCAUUGAAGAAGAUGAUGAUGAGGAUAAUGAAGAUGGAGAAAAUGACGACGAAGAUGAUUAUGACGAUGAAGACGAUGAUGACGAUGAUGAAGACGAUGAUGAAGACGAUGAUGAAGACGAUGAUGAAGAUGAAGAUGAUGAUGAAGAUGAAGAUGAUGAUGAAGAUGAAGAUGAAGAUGAUGAAGAUGAAGAUGAUGAAGAUGAUGAUGAUGAUGAAGAUGAAGAUGAUGAUGAUGAAGAUGAUGAUGAUGAUGAUGAUGAUGAUGAUGAUGAUGAAGAUGAUGAUGAUGAUGAUGAUGAUGAUGAUGAUGAUGAUGAUGAUGAUGAUGACGAUGACUACUAUCGGCCACCCAAAAAGAUUACCAAGACCAGAUUCCGGACCAAGACUGAAACUGAGCUUUUGAGAGAAAUCAAACGGCCAAAAACCAAGACCAAAACUAAAACCAAGAUUCCCAAAGUUGUGACAGUGACAUCUAUUUCUUCAGGGUCUAGUAUUAGUGAUACCAAAAGUGUGAGUGAAAUUAGUAGCACAAUUAGCACUCAGAGAAGUUUAAGCAUUACCAUGGGUGACAAUAGUACGACGAACCUUGUUAGUACUAGUGCAAGUUUAAGUAUUCCUGAAGAUGGGAAAAACGGGACGGAUAUUAAAGGACCAAGGGAAAAGAUGAGCAAGAAGGAAAGGCUUCGGAAGAAAAAGGCGGCCAAAAAAAGGCACAAAAAAGAAAAGAUUGAUGGGAUAAAGAAGAAGAAGGCAGCCAAGAAGGAACGCAAGGCAGAGAAGAAGAAACGCAAGGCCGAAAAGAAAGCUGAAAAAAGGAAGAAUAUGAAGAAGAAGUUGCGCAAAAUGAAGAAUAAGAAGAAGAAGAAUGAAACUGUGGGGGUCAUGGUGUUUAACAUUGCUGGAGGUGAUGAUCCAGUGAUGGCGCUGGGGAUUCCAGCACAAGUCAUUGCUUCUGCUACAUCAUUAGUACAAGUUAAAGUGUCUGGUGGUGUUGGAGAUGGAGAUGGAGAUGGAGAUGGAGAUGGAGGAUUAAGGCCUACAGGAGUUUCAGGAAUUUCAGGAAUUUCAGGAGUUUUAGGAGCACUUGCAAAGGGUGUUGUUUAUCCCGAAAUAUAUCAGGGUCCUAUGCCUGGGGCUGUACGGAUACCUCGGUGUGUAUGUACAGGGGCUCCUGAGGGAGGGGGUGAUUAUUUAGGAGAGCGGCUAGCAAUUCAGGAGAAGAUAGAUGAGGGAAGAGGAGAAUCAAAGCCAAAGCAGAGUCCACCUUUUGAGUUUUCUUCUGGAGCUUGGAGCAUACGUGGGUUGAAACGAAAUGCUGACGUGCGCUGGUUACGUGCGCUACGAACGACGGGGCUUGGAGUUGUAUUUGGAAUAAUUGGAAUGGGAGUGAAUUUCUUAUUUUUAUGA